UUCGCGGGGCUGGCUGCUUCUGUCCCCACUGGACAAGCUUGGCAACCUUGAAGCUCUCUGGCUGGCCAUCAAGGUGCGACCAGUUGCCAUUCGACAACUCAAACCGGCACCUUCUCGCGCAUCACCACAAACAUGCCUCUUCAUCUCCUCGGCAAAAAAUCAUGGAACGUUUACAACGCCGCCAACAUCGCCCGCGUGCGGCGCGACGAGGCCGAGGCAAAGGCCCGGGAAGAGGCCGAGGAGCAGCGGAUGCAGGAGGCUGAUGCCGCGCGCCGGCUCGCAAUACUGCGCGGCGAGCUUCCGCUUCCCCCGGAACAGCCGGAGCCGGAGCCUGCAUCCCUCCCCCCACAUGCCCGAGCCCAUGACCGCGGCAGCGGCGGCGGACGCAAGCGCAAGCGGCACGGCGAAGACGACACCGACUUCGAGAUGCGGCUCGCGCGCGAACGCGCCGCAAUCAGCGACCGCGCUAGCCACGAACUCGCCCCCAACCGCUCCGCCGGCGCCGGCGCCGCCCCUCCCUCACUAGUCGACAGCCGCGGCCACAUCACGCUGUUCUCGGCACCUGCAAACGCGCCGCACGAGAAGAACGAAGAAGCGGCGCGCGAGGCGGCGCGCAAGGAGCGUGAGCUCAAGGACCAGUACCAGAUGCGCCUCGCCAACGCGGCGGGCAGGGACGGCCGGGGUCUGACGGACGGCGGGCCGUGGUACGCGUCGGCGGACGGGGAUGCGUCGGCGGCGCUGGUGCCGACCCGGGACGUGUGGGGCCGGGAGGACCCUGGGCGCAAGGGUAGGGAGGCGGCGAGGCUGGACGCGAGCGACCCGCUGGCGGCGAUGAAGAGGGGGGCGCGGAUGGUGAGGGAGUUGGAGAAGGAGAGGAGGCGGGAGGCGGAGGAGAGGGAGAGGGAGUUGAAGGAGUUGAAGAGGGAGGAGCGGCGGGAGAGGAAGAGAAGGAAGGAGGAUGGCUUAGAAAGACGGCACGAGGAGCGAGACUACGAGCGGGACAGGCAUGGCCGGGACAGAAGGGAUACCGAGCCGGACAGGCCAGAGCGCCUCCAUUCGGAUGAUCAAUACAGGCAAAGACAUCGGAGCAAGGGGCGGGAAGGGCACAGCCAGGAGGCGAGGGAUGGUGGCCCAGAUAGCCCAGAGCGCGCCAGCCGGCGUCAUGAAGAUCGACGGGGGGAUCGGAGCAGGGAGCGGGAAAGACGGCGACACAAGGAUGAUGACAGACAUCCUCGCCCAUCUCAUAAAGCAGACCAUGACAAAGAUAAACACAGACAUAGCAGCGACCAUCCUCGCUAAUAGGCAGACCCUCGCAAUGAAGAAGAGACCGAAAAAAGAAAAA